GUUUGUUUGAUUGUUAAUAGUCGAAAUUUCAUUUGAUUAAUAUUGAUCAAUUGAUAUUUUCAUGUUGAAGCUCUGACGCCAGCCGCCGCGCAGUCAUAGCGUUUAACGUUUCAUAUCUCGUUACAGUUAGUCGCCUAGUACAAAUUCGAGCAAGAGUGGGAGAGAGUGAUUGAGAGGAUGAGCCUGCAAUCAAUUAAAUAUCAGCGUGGCAGCUUGGAGAUUCUCGAUCAGCUGCUGCUGCCUGUGCUGUCCAAGUACGUGCCCGUUCGCGGCGUUGAGGAUGGCUGGAAGGUCAUCAACAAGAUGCAGGUGCGUGGCGCGCCCGCCAUUGCAAUUGUAGGCUGCCUGUCGCUGGCCGUUGAGAUUCACCCGGAGGAGUUUGAGACCAAGAAGUCGCUGCGUCAGGAAAUUGAGGGCAAACUCAAUUAUUUGGUCUCAGCACGCCCCACCGCAGUCAAUAUGAAAAUUUCCGCCGACGAGCUAAUUGCGCUGUCCAACGAGCUGGCCAAGGAUGACACAGUCUCUGUGGCAGACAUGAAGCAAAGAUUCCUGCACGCCACCGAAGCCAUGCUGGAAAAAGACAUUGCCGACAACCGAGCCAUAGGCGCCAACGGUGCCAAAACCAUACUUGAGCACGUGGCCGAGACAGCCGGCUCAGCGGGAGCAAGUGCCGUACGUGUGCUAACCCACUGCAAUACAGGCUCGCUGGCCACGGCCGGCUAUGGCACAGCGCUGGGUGUAGUGCGCCAUCUGGCUGAGCUUGGCAAGUUGGAGCACGUCUAUUGCACGGAGACACGCCCCUACAAUCAAGGUGCACGCCUUACCGCCUACGAGCUGGUGCAUGAGAAGCUGCCUGCCACAUUAGUGCUGGAUAGCAUGGUGGCCGCGCUGCUGCGUGUCAAGAACAUUGCCGCCGUUGUAGUUGGUGCAGAUCGGGUUGCUGCCAAUGGGGAUACAGCGAAUAAAAUUGGCACCUAUCAAAUCGCUGUGGUGGCCAAGCACCAUGGGGUGCCCUUCUAUGUGGCUGCGCCGCUCACCUCGAUCGACUUGCAAAUACCCAGCGGCGAUCACAUUAUCAUCGAGGUGCGUCCGGAUCGCGAGAUGACACAUGUGGGCGAGCAUCGCAUUGCAGCGCCAGGCAUCAGUUGCUGGAAUCCUGCGUUCGAUGUGACGCCAGCUGCUCUCAUCACGGGCAUCAUCACAGAGCGUGGCGUGUUCAGGCCUGAAGUGCUAAAAGCUGAGAUUACCGCGCUCCAGUCAUAACAAUAGACUUUUGUAAACUAUUGUGUUGAAGAUAAACCAAUGUACACACACACACACACACACAUACACACACACUUAGCUACAAGUACACACAACAUACAAACGAUCGCAUAUGUACAAUCAGUUAUCAGCUGCUAUUGUGGGUCGGCUGUGAGCGAAAAAUACAAUGCACAUUAUACAUACCUCAAUACACAAACCGCCGCU